AUGACGAAGCCCAGGGCGAUGCUCGCGGGCGACGACCCGAGCGCGGAUCCACUUCUCAGCUGCCUCGCCGCCAUCAGGGCGCCCCCUCGGGAGCUCGAGACCGCGCCCAGAACCGCCGACGGCUCCAGGCUCCUGUGCAAGAGGUUCUGUCGCGCCGACGGGGGCUCGUGCGCGCGUCCCGAUUGCCCCGACGCGCACGUUCCGAUCGCGCAGCGUCAGACGUGCUGGACGCUCGAUCGAUACGGCGUCUGCGCCAGGGAGGAGGCCCGCCGCGCGGACCCGAAGGCUCCGAGGUGCUGGUUCCCGCACCCGGUCCCGCCGCCCGCCGACCAUCACAUCGCGCUCCAGGUGGAGGUGGGCAUGAGCGACCGAGUCGUGUCCCGAUGCCGCGAGCUCCUGGGCGCCGACGCCGUCGUCGGCGCGGCGAGGGCGGACCUCUCCCGAAACGGCGACGUCCUCGUCCUCGUCACCGCAGGCCACCGCGGGGUCGCGAACGCCGCGCGUAUCCUAGCCGAUGACGAACAUCUCGCCGCGAGGAUCAAACGAGCGUACGCGACCGGCGCGAACCACGCCGCCGACCGAAAGGGGGACGAAAGGAACGAAAGGGGAGGAGACGAAGGCGUUCUCUUCGCCGACGCCUCCGUCGUCGGCGACGACGCGGACGCGCUCGACGCGACGUUGCGCGAGAAGCUCGCGUCGCUCGUGGACGCGGCGCUAGGCGGCGAAAAGGACUCCUCCUUCGCCGCUCGGAUCCGCGUUCGAUGCUUCCCGCCGCGGCUUCGAGACGUCGUUCUCGAAGCUCUAGAAGCUCGCCCCGUUCUCGGAGGAAGUCACGGGUGGGAAACGUGCGCGAGGGUGGACGACGCGACGCACGCGUUGGACGUCGUCGCCGUGCGAGGCCGCGCGCACGUGACGGUUUGGAGCCUCGACCGGACGGGUCCGGACUCGCUCAGGGCCUGGCUGAUGGACGCGGGCGAGGCGGCGCGGAAGAGGCGGACCGACGCCGGCGCGAUGUGCCGCGCGUUUCACAAGAUCGAGGAGGCGACGGCUCGCGCGGGGGUGGCGAUCGAGCGAACGUGGCGGUGCGUCGACGUGGGCGCCGCGCCGGGGGGCUGGACGCAGUGGCUGUGCGCUCGGCUGGACGCGGCGUGCGGGGGCGAGGUGUUCGCGGUGGAUCCCGCGGAGCUCGGGGAUUUUAAAAACGGGCGGCUGCCACCCAACGUGACGCACCUGAAGAUGCGGGGCGAGGACGCGGUCGAGACGGUGCGUCGCGCCGGUGACGUGGAUUUGCUCGUGUGCGACGCCAACGUGUCGCCGGAGACGGCGACGGGGAUCGUGUCCGCGUUCGUCCCGGCGCUGAGGCGGGGCGCGACGCUGGUGUUGACGUUCAAGGACGCCACGAAGGGAUACGCGGAGUGGCGGCGGCAGAUGGAGAGCGCGACGGAUACGUUGACGGCGAUUGGGUUCGAGUCGCCGCGGAUUUUCCACCUGUUCAGUAACUGCUCGCGGGAGAAGACCCUGGUGGCGAAAUUCGCGGGCGGGAGAGACGAGAAACGUACCGGUGCGGGGGUUCCGGCGCGGGCGGAGGCGAGUUCGCGGAAGGCGUCGAGGGACGCGGACAGGUCGCGGCUCUUACUCGCCCGGUCGCUCGCUGUCUUCGCCACGAUGCCCGGGGAGUUUGCCGAGGCGCACAUCAAGGCCAGGGGGUUCGCGCCGCCGCCGAACGGGAGCGUCCGGCUGAUGCGCGGGCGACUGCUUAAGAUCCUCUCGGACGAGGUCAUCGCCGAGUCCAGCUGGCACGCCUCGUAG